UUCUAGUUUUGGUGAAAGUAUUUUUAUUUUGAAUUCAUAUUUUUUAAAUAAAUUCAAUUAUAAAAUGUCAUCCGGCUGCUGUGAUAAAAACUCAAAAAAACAAAAACUCAAUCAUCAUUAUCAAGAAUCACUAGAUGUUAAUGGUGGUAGUGGUAGCGCAUCUACAGCUCCUAUUGGAAAUUCAUUAAUAAAAAUCACUUCUCCGGAAAUGGGUUUUUUUUGUUUUGACACACUUUACUCAUAUCUCAAUAGUUUGGCACCACCUAAAAAUCCUAAUUUUACCAAUGAACCAUUCCCUCUGUUUGUUACCUGGGAAAUAGGCAAAGACAAAAAACUUAGAGGUUGUAUAGGAACCUUUAAUUCAAUUUCUUUGCAUAGUGGUCUACGUGAAUAUGCCAUAACAAGUGCAAUUAAAGAUUCACGAUUUAGACCAAUAUCUAAUGACGAAUUAAAUAAGUUACACGUAACAGUUUCAAUAUUAGUACACUUUGAAGAUGGUAAAGAUUACUGUGAUUGGGAAAUAGGCAUUCAUGGAAUACGUAUAGAGUUUUACAAUGAGCGAGGAAUGCGGCGCUCUGCUACAUAUUUACCUAAAGUUCCUGAAGAACAAGGAUGGGAUAAAAUUCAAACCAUUGAUUCAUUAUUGCGUAAAGGAGGUUUCCGUGGUCCAGUAACAGCAGAAAUUCGUCGUUCUCUUAAAUUAACAAGAUAUCAAAGUGAAACAGUAUCAGUCAGUUAUCAAGAUUACAUGAACUAUUUACAAACUGUGCAGUGCUAGCCACAAAUAAAGGACCACUAAACAUAGGGGUCCUAUAUUUUUUUUAAUAACACUGCCACUUUUUUUGGUUACAUGCAUUUUGUCUAUAAAUAAAUUGAUAAUUUAAGUAGUUUUUAUAAACUAAACUUAUACUGUGUACAAAAAUCUUUCAAAAAUAAUAAAUUUUUAAAAAUCUAAUUUUUUUUUUUUUAAAAAUUUAAAACUAAAAAAAAUCUAAUCAUUAUGUAAUUAGUUUAGCUAUCAUAUUUUAAGAAAUAUAAUUAAAAUUAAAAAAAGAAAUUAUAUGAUUAUAUUAAAUUUUGAGUGCUGAUUUUUAUUAUAAAAAAAUUAUGUUGAUAUUAAUGUAAACAUUUAAGGUCCUGUUGAUGAAUAUUGAUCCAUAUUUUAGUUGUAUAGGAUAAUUGUAAAUUUAAGAUUAUUUUUAAGUUUCUUUUUUUACUUAUAUUAUAAAAAAAAAUUAGAAAUUU